UGAGAGGCAAGAUGUUUUCAUUGGAUCCUGCAUUUUAAAAAUAGGUGAAUUUUCCAAAGGACAAUCCUCAGUGGUAACAUCACCAUCGACAACAACAAAAUGAGUCUACGAGAGGUAAUACUAUGAUUGAUGGAAACAUGUCCAGCAACGGUUUCCGCUGGUGGGAAGCAACCUAAGGGGCCAAAAUGUAACAAACUCGCCCAACUUUCCUGAAGGAAUCAGGCCCAAGCGCAGUGUGCUUCUCCAACCCAUCAAGAGACCCAACAGCGAGAGUCCUUCUGUGCAUAACCAGCACCCUGUCCUGCCAUGGCAUACACUCCUGAUUCAUUCCAGAGCGAAAUCAUUUACCCGACUCACUCCCGGGGCUCCAGCAGUGACAUCAGCACUGCCAAUCGCCUCCUGCUGAGCAGGCAGAACCGGCUCCUGAAUGGGAACCUUCGGGACUACCGCACCUCGUCCCCCAUGGGAAGAGUUAUCCUCAUCAAUACACCCCUUGAAGCUAACAGUGAUGAGAGUGAUGCCAUCAAUGCCAUUACGGUGGAAAAAAGCACAGAUGGGAAGCUGGGCUUCAGUGUGCGUGGAGGCUCGGAGCAUGGCCUGGGUAUCUUCGUCAGCAAGGUGGAGGAGGGCAGCAGUGCAGAACAGGCUGGGCUGUGUGUUGGAGAUAAAAUCACAGAGGUGAAUAGUGUGAGCUUGGAGAACAUUACAAUGGGAAGCGCAGUCAAAGUCCUGACGGGGAACAACCGGCUGCGGAUGGUCGUGAGACGCAUGGGCAAAGUGCCAGGGAUAAAGUUCUCCAAAGAAAAGACCACAUGGGUUGAUGUGGUGAACAAGCGCCUGAUUGUGGAGAGGAGUGGCUCAACUCCAUCAGACACAAGCUCUGAGAUUGGAAGGCGACGGAUCAUUCACCUGUAUACCACCUCUGAUGACUACUGCUUGGGUUUCAACAUCCGUGGGGGGAAAGAGUAUGGCCUUGGUAUCUACGUCUCCAAAGUGGAUCCUGGCGGGCUUGCUGAGCUUCAUGGGGUCAAGGUCGGCGACCAAGUCCUUGCAGCCAACGGAGUCAAGUUUGACGACAUCAGCCAUAGCAAGGCAGUGGAAGUGCUAAAGGGGCAGACCCACAUCAUGCUGACCAUCAAGGAGACGGGGAGGUUCCCUGCAUACAAGGAAAUGGUGGCUGAGUAUUGCUGGCUCAACAGAUUGACCAAUGGCCAGUUGCAGGAGCUGUCCCAGACCUCGGAAUCCAGCUCCUCUGCAUCAUCCUACUCCUCAGGGACCCCCUUCAGCUCCAUGAAUGGCCUGUUCAUGGCCCCAAUCCCCAGCUCAGCAGCACAAAGUGGCAUGGUGGAUGUUGGCAUCUCUGCUGAACUGCCAGUCCAGAGACACACCUUGGAGAGAGCAGAGACCGCCAUGCAGACUGAUCCGCUGUCGGACGGGGCCUCCUAUUCAGGGAGUCUGGUGAUGGAGACCCGACGGGUUGUGGAGCCCUUAAAGAUCCUGAAAGACACCGCCAUCCGCACCGAGAGCCUCAAAGAGUCCUUCCGCUUGAAGAAGCACCGGCCCUUUGCCAGCAGAGAGACAACAGACCCCUCCCCUAAAACUGCCCUCCUUCUGGCACUCAGCCGUCCACGACAGCCCAUCAAGAGAUCGCAGAGCUAUCUGACCAUUUAUGAGGAGAAACGCCAGAGGAAGAAAGAGAAGCUGGUCUCCUCAGAGAAGAAGCCCACGCUCCAGCGCUCCAAAACCCUCAUGAACCUGUUCUUUAAAAGCACCCGGACAGGGAAGCCAAGCUCAGCAGCUGGGUCACCAGAGACACCGAGGCGGUCCAAAUCCCCAGCGCGGUCUGAUGGCGAGAAAGAUUCCAAACUAUUUGUCUUUGCUCUUUCUUCCCAUCUCACCCUCUUGCCUGCAGUUAGCGUCGUACAGAAGAUUGUCACCCGCACUCUGAGACGGGAAAAAGGCCGCUUUUUCCCCUCCUUGGGCUCCUCUCCCCAGUACAAUGGCAUGGAGCGCAGCAAAGUCACCGAGAGCCACCUGCUGCUUAUUGAAGACAUGGCCAGGAAGCUGCUGAUGGAGGAUGAAGUGGCAGCUGUGCUGAGACACUGCACCCGGUACAUCCAAGAAAGUGGAGUGGAAGAUCUGGUGAGGCCACUCCUGGCGAUUCUCGACCGGCCCGAAAAGUUGCUUCUCCUCAGAGAUAUCAGGAAUGUGAUCACCCCCACGGAUCUGGGCCGUUUUGACAGUAUGGUUGUGCCGGUGGAGCUCGAAGCCUAUGAUGCCCUGAAGAGCAGAACAGUGAGGUCACCUGCUCUCCGCCCAGCACAGCAAGAAACACCUCCCAAGAGACAUCUCAUCACCCCAGUGCCUGAUUUCCGGGGCAGCUUCCUCCUGAAGCCAGUGACCAGUGAGGAGAAAGGAGGGGAGGCGGAGGAAGCAGCAGCAGCAGCAGCAGCGCUGAAGGAUAGGAUGAAAGGCCUGCAGCUCUCAUCCAGCCCUAGACGGACUCACCCCCGAGGCUAUACCCCUCUUCCCGACGUGCCAGUGGAUGCCUAUGCCUCCCACAGCAUCUCGGCCUCAACUGCUGGGGGCGGUGGGCAGCCCCACUGGUUCCUAAGCAAGCCCGCGAAAAUGUCAGCGAGCCCCACGCGAGCACCACCCCCUCGGGAAGAGGCGGGGCAACCCCAACAGCAAGGGGACGAGCGGCCUGGCCGAGGGAGGCCUCGCACGCCCAAGUCAAGCCAUGGGAAAGCCACAGUCUGGGGGCCACAUGGGGAAGUCCAGCCUGCCAAGGACACCCUGUACUCUGCGGUCAACAGGCCCCGAAGAGGUAGGCCCCAGCUGAAGCAGCUCUUCAAGGACGCCCCGGCCGCUGACCAAGAGGGCCUGCUCCAAAAUGGCCCCAGUGAUGUCCUGGAGGAGGAAUAUGAGCUGCUGACGGUCAACCUGUCCAAGAGCAAACAGUCUCUGGGGAUCAGUAUUUCCGGUGGCAUAGAGUCCAAAUUGCAGCCAAUGGUGAAGAUUGAAAAGAUUUUUCCGGGAGGAGCAGCAUCCCUGAGUGGAGAACUGGAGGCAGGCCAAGAGCUGGUUGCAGUGGAAGGGGAGAGUUUGCAGAACGUGACCCACCAGCGAGCUGUGGACAUCAUCCGCCAGGCCUAUCGCAACAAAGCCAAGGAGCCCAUGGAGAUUGUGGUGAAGGUGCUGAAGAGAGCCAGGUAAUGCCGUGGACAAAGUGACAUGUCCUGAAGAACGUGGCCAGCCCAGGCCUUCGAAGUGGCUGCAGGUCCCCAUUGUCAGCAAAGGACCUGUUUAUGAUGGCUGCCUAUUGCUCAGAAAGGUAGUGGUACCGCUGAAGCAAACUACUGGCUGGGUGAGUAAGAAGGGAAGCCACUUAGCAAGCAGGGGGCUUAAGGGAACAUGUCAAGCUUCCCAUUUCUGGAGUAGCAGCAGGGAAGCGCAGGUGCACCUAUCGUAGGACCAGCCUCAAGAGGAAUCAGGUGUUCUGUUUCCAAAAUCCACCAUGAAGAUGCUUUCAUGAGCAGCUGUAAGUGGGACAGCUGCAACCAGGACUAGUUGCUUUGCAACAAACUUCUUGCUGCAGUGAGCAGGCGUCAGAGUUGUUUUUGGCAUAUAGAACUUUGUACAGCUCUCAUUCGAGUGGAGGUUUUCAGAUAGCAGGAUGUAAGGCUGGCACCUUUAAACCAGCCUGGACACUUCUUGGACACUUGGCUAGUUCAGGUUGAGCACUUAGGCAAUGGCACUGUUUUAACACAUCUGAACAUCCGUCUGCAAGUGAGUUGUGGAUUUUCUUUUCUCCUUUUGGAGAGACAACCGUCCGAGGGUCCACAAGAUCAUUAGUGCAGGAAACAGGGCUUAUUAUAUUCACCCAACACUUUCUUCCAUUAAAACUCAAAUGCUAAAUCCAUAGAGAAAUAAACAGGCAGCAGUCCCAGUAGGAGACGUAUAGCAAAGCAAGCUGGUGGUCACUGUUUCCAUCUAGCCUCAGAGCUGCUCUGCAAUGGCCAUGAUGUUGCAAGCCAGCAAAAAAGAAGACCCUCUUCUCUGAACUCCACGUGGGGAGGGCCUACAGAGGAUCU